AUGAAUCGUCAACAAUUAGAACAAGUCUUUCAAGAAAUGCAAUUGAUACUUUUGGCUCUGGUAUAUACGUACAAAAUCGGAGCUUGGAACGUUCGAUCCUUGUAUGGCGAAGGAAGAUACGAACAGCUGGAGCGCGAAAUGCUUCUUCUUAAGAUCAGUAUCCUGGGUAUUAGUAAAACAAAGUGGAGAGGAAGAGCUGAAUACAGAUCUGACACUGGACAAACGAGAAUGCUGUAUUCCGGAGAGGAUGAAAGAGAGGGUGUCCAAAAGCUGCAUGGUGUUGGAAGCCUUAUUUUGUGGGAGCCCCUUGAGGAAAGGCUUAUCCAAGCCAGGUUUCAGAGUAGAGUACGACCUGUCACCGUUAUACAGUGUUACGCUCCGACGGAGCUUGCAUCUAAUGAAGAGAAAGAUUGCAUUUAUAGUCAACUAGGAUCCGCCUACAACAGCAUUCCCCGCGGAGAUAUAAUUUUGCUUAUGGGAGACCUCAAUGCUAAGAUUUUCCAUCCACUACAACCGGAAAAUGUAUCUUGUCCACGCUUCAGUAACUCGGCAACAAUCACCACCACCACUACACCACCACCACCGCCAUCGCCUUCACGAUCAUCAUCAUCAUCAUUGCAGUGA